UUUUUAGAGAGUCCGCAGCAGCAACCAUGUCCUUGAUGCGUUUCAGAAGAGCUUGCCGAUGUUUGCACCUUCGUCAACUAUGCACAUCCACAUCUACAUCUGAUAACACCCACCUCCUUUUGUCUGCCUUCAACGAAGACACAUUCCACCAACACUUUUUCUCCAUCCCAAUAAUCCAUGAUUCAUUAUCUCUGGGAUCCCCCACCCCACUCUUCACACUCCCUUCCCAUCCCAUGGGUCUCACUUCUUCCCGAUAUCUCAACCCCUUGUUCUGCUUUCACGGCCCUAACGAUCACGACCCUAUUCUCACCUACAACCCCACCACCCAACAAACUCUCACUCUUCCUUUUGAUCCUCCAAUCCCUGCUGCAACUGCGACUACUUGGGACAUCAAAACCCAUUUUGGCUUCGACCCUAUAACUAAACUUUACAAAAUCCUUCGUGUGAAAUGGAUAGAACCCAUUCCACAAUCAAUUCCUAGAGUUAUUAAUAUGGAGUGCAUGGUUUUGACACUAGGCAAGGGGUCUUGGAGAAAGAUAAACACUGUUCUGCCUUUUGAUUGUACCAAGUUUGGUAAUGGUGGGGAAAGUCUCUGUAUUAAUGGUGCAAUACAUUGGUUAACAUGUUAUGGGGAUUCCAUUGUGGCUUUUGAUCUCAAAGAUGAAAACUUUAGACAAAUACCACUUCCCCAUGACUACAAAGAAGAAACCUAUGUACCGAUACGUUUGAAAUAUGAACGGUUAAUUGAGGUUGGUGGGCGCUUGGCUUUGAUUGGUGACACAGAUUAUAAAGUAGAUUACAUAAUGCACAUGUGGAUACUAAAGGAUUACCACAAUCAUGUGUGGGUUAAGAAGAGAAUACUCUACCCAGUUAGUUGGAUCAAUUGUGGUCAACCUGUUCCUAUUGGGACUAUUUCCACAGGCGAGAUAUUGCUAAAGCCGCUAUCUUUGUAUAAGACUAAGAGUCUUGCGUGGCUGCUUUUCUAUGAUAUGGAUGGACGAGGCUUCAAGAAGGUUGACAUCACUGGCUUGCCUGAAUGGGUUCAUUCGGGUGGUCCUCGAAUCAUCAGAACCAUUGCUGUAUAUGGGUGAAAGGUCUUAGAAAUGGGCCCUCAAAAUCGAGAUUUGCAGCAAAGAGUAGAGUACGGUACGUUCUUUGUGAAAGGCCAUGCGAGGUGUUUGAUGUAAUGUGGGGUAUUUUUAUUAUCCUUUUGCUUGUCUUUGGAGAUGAGUUCUUGUUUUGGUUUUGUAGAACCUAUAACUAGUUUAGCUAUGUCAACUUAGAGGACAAGUUUCGCCAUGUAUAAAAAUGUGAAUUGAUGUUAUCAAUGGCAUCUAACAACAACAAUCAUCAAGAUUUAGUCUCAAUAUUUUAUGAUCUGUUAUGAAUCCUCAA